GGGAAUAAAAAUACUUUUAUAUAGAAGCGGUUGAAUAUGUCGGAGCAAUUUGACAAGUAUCAUUUCUACGCCGGUGUCAUAAAACGACUAUUACUCUUCACAGGACUGUUGCCAACCAGGAAGCCGAGUACGCUUUAUCGACUAGUCACCUUCGUCCACGGUUCGGUUUCGUUCCUCGUCUGUAGUGCUAUCCUAAAUUUUUGCUAUCAACACAUCACCCAUCUCCAUCUCUUCUUGAAAGGACUCAGUUGGGCUCUGAGUUUUUUAACUGGUUUACAAAAAAUGUCUUGUUUUUUGCUUUACCGAGGCCGUCUGGUCGAGCUUCAUGCCGAGCUCGCGAUGACAUUCGAAUUGGAUUUGUACGACGUUGAGCUGCGUCCGAUUCUGUUAUCGUCUCUGCAAUCGUUCUAUUUGCCUUCGUUGUCUCUGUCAACGAUGACGGGUGCGGUGAUAGCCUUGCAAUUGAUUACGCCAAUACUCUUGAUAAUAAUUCAACUGGCUCAUGGAUCGGAUGUACUCAAGCUCAUCCUACCAUUUCCGGCCUCUUAUCCCUGGCGGCCAAGCGCCAAUACCUGGCUCUACUUGAGUCACUACACCAUCGAAAUUUACGCGGGAGUGUGCCUCUACCUUUUCACCUCGUUGAUCGACGCGCUUUUUGGUUAUUACAUUUUCCAAAUUACUGGACAACUCCGCGCGUUGGCGCAUCGCAUAAGGAAUUUCAACUGUAGUGACAAUUAUCGGAAAGUCAUUAGCGAGUGCAUCAAAAGACAUUACAUUCUUACGAAAUGUCAAAAACAUCUCGGACGAAUAUAUGGACCCAUAGUCCUCUGGAUGCUCGUCGCUAAUGCGUUAGUCAUGUGCGCUCUCAUGUAUCAAGCUACUCAGGUGCCUCCAUCCAAGAUGGCGGUGAUCGUGGUUUACGUGAUUAUGAAAUCAAUGCAAACUUUGGUUUAUGGAUGGUUUGGAACAUCUUUAGAAAUCGAGAAGGACAUGUUUCGGGAAUCGAUAUACGCGAGCGAUUGGCCAGGUUCUGGAGAAAAGCGUCUUAUGACCGAUGUCCUAAUCAUGAUGUCGUAUAAGCCGCUCGUACUCAAGGCAUGCUCUCUGUCAAACAUAUCCAUCGACAUGUUCGUUGCUGUUUCCAACACUGCUAUCUCGUACUUCUUUCUUCUACGGACGUUGGAGGACAAGGACAACGAUUCAUAGAGGCUUGAGUCUCGUACCAUUUCCGAUUUUUUCUUGUGGCAAACGGAAAAAUUUACAAAUUUCAUAAAU